AUGUCUGUGGGAAUUGCUGCACUGCAGGUGAUGGCUCUGAGUGGGCUCGAUGUGGGCGUGGGAGCCCAGGUAUCUGAGCUGAGUAGGGGCCUGGAGCACGAGGACUGCUGGGGUACAGAGGAGGCUGCUGAUGGACUCUGGUCUCCAGGGGCCCAGCUGGGGCCGCCUCCCAGGGAUGGGGAUGGGGCUUUGCAGGUUCUCCGGAUCCUGGCACCCUCUGGAAAGCGUGGCGGGGGUGCUGCUAUGUUUGUGCUGACUGGACUGACUGAUGGGGACACGGAGAGCGAUCAUCGUCUCCGCCCUCCGGCCACUUCCGCCUGGGAGCUUUUUGAGGUGGCUUUCUUGGUGGAUCUGCCCUGGAGUGUUGAAGAGAAAGUGCUUGAAAGGCCCUGCCCCAUCAGCCAGCUGAGCCCCUCCUCGUGUGGCCUGGAAGCCCCUCCCCUUUCACAGCACCAUCUGGAGCAGUUCCUGUGUCUGAAGAACAUCCGCACCUUCCUCAAAGUCUGCCACGAUAGGUUUGGGCUGAGGAACAGUGAGCUGUUCGACCCCUUUGAUCUCUUCGAUGUCCGUGACUUCGGGAAGGUCAUCUCGGCGGUGUCCCGGCUCUCCCUGCACAGCAUCGCGCAGAACAAAGGGAUCAGGCCUUUUCCCUCCGAGGAGACCGCGGAGAAUGAUGACGACGUCUAUCGCAGCCUGGAGGAGCUGGCUGAUGAACAUGACCUGGGCGAGGACAUCUACGACUGUGUCCCGUGCGAGGACGAAGGGGACGACAUCUACGAGGACAUCAUCAAGGUGGAGGUGCAGCAGCCCAUGAAAAUGGGCAUGACUGAGGAUGACAAGAGGAGCUGCUGCCUGCUGGAGAUUCAGGAGACCGAGGCCAAGUACUACCGGACCCUGGAGGACAUCGAGAAGAACUACAUGGGCCCCCUGCGGCUGGUGCUGAGCCCGGCGGAUAUAGCAGCCGUCUUCAUCAACCUGGAGGACCUCACCAAGGUGCACCACAGCUUCCUGCGGGCCAUCGAUGUGUCCAUGAUGGCGGGGGGUGGCACCCUAGCCAAGGUCUUCCUGGAGUUCAAGGAGAGGCUCCUGAUCUACGGCGAGUACUGCAGCCACAUGGAGCAUGCCCAGAGUACGCUGAACCAGCUGCUGGCCAGCCGCGAGGACUUCAGGCAGAAAGUGGAGGAGUGCACGCUGAAGGUCCAGGACGGCAAGUUCAAGCUGCAGGACCUGCUGGUGGUGCCCAUGCAACGUGUGCUGAAGUACCACCUGCUGCUCAAGGAGCUCCUGAGCCAUUCUACUGACCGGCCAGAGCGGCAGCAGCUCAAAGAAGCUCUGGAAGCCAUGCAGGACUUGGCGAUGUACAUCAAUGAGGUAAAGCGGGACAAGGAGACCCUGAAGAAGAUCAGCGAGUUCCAGAGCUCCAUCGAGAACCUGCAAGUGAAACUGGAGGAGUUUGGGAGGCCGAAGAUAGACGGUGAGCUGAAAGUCCGGUCCAUCGUCAACCACACCAAGCAGGACAGGUACCUGUUCCUGUUUGACAAGGUGGUGAUCGUGUGCAAGAGGAAGGGCUACAGCUACGAGCUGAAGGAGGUCAUCGAGCUGCUGUUCCACAAGAUGACCGAUGACCCCAUGCACAACAAGGACAUCAAGAAGUGGUCCUACGGCUUCUACCUGAUCCACCUCCAAGGGAAGCAGGGCUUCCAGCUCUUCUGCAAGACGGAGGACAUGAAGCGGAGGUGGAUGGAGCAGUUCGAGAUGGCCAUGUCCAACAUCAAGCCAGACAAGGCCAAUGCCAACCACCACAGCUUCCAGAUGUACACAUUCGACAGGACCACCAGCUGCAAGGCCUGCAGGAUGUUCCUCCGGGGCACCUUCUACCAGGGCUACCUGUGCACCAGGUGUGGUGUGGGGGCCCACAAGGAGUGCCUGGAGGUGAUGCCCCCCUGCAAGAUCACUUCUCCCGCUGACCCGGACACCUCUGGAGCAGGACCAGGCCCCAAGAUGGUGGCGGUGCAGAAUUACAACGGCAACCCCGCCCCGCCCGGCAAGCCCGUGCUCACCUUCCAGACUGGGGACGUGAUCGAGCUGCUGCGGGGUGACCCCGAGUCACAGUGGUGGGAGGGGCGGCUGGUGCAAACCAGGAAGUCAGGCUGCUUUCCCAGCUCGUCUGUGAAGCCCUGCCCUGUGGAUGGAAGGCCGCCCAUGAGCCGGCCGCCGUCCCGGGAGAUGGACUACACCGCCUACCCCUGGUUCGCCGGCAACAUGGAGAGGCAGCAGACAGACAACCUGCUCAAGGGCCACGCCAGCGGCACCUACCUCGUCCGGGAGCGGCCCGCGGAGGCCGAGCGCUUUGCCAUCAGCAUCAAGUUCAACGAUGAGGUGAAGCACAUCAAGGUGGUGGAAAAGGACAGCUGGGUCCACAUCACGGAAGCCAAGAAGUUCGAGAGCCUCUCGGAGCUGGUGGAGUACUACCAGAGCCACUCCCUCAAGGAGAGCUUCAAGCAGCUGGACACCACGCUCAGGCACCCCUACAAGUCCCGGGAGCGCGCCGCCCCCAGGGCCUCCAGCCGCUCCCCAGUGUUCACGCCCCGCGUCGUCGGCACCGCGGUGGCCAGGUACAACUUCGCUGCACGGGACAUGCGAGAACUCUCGCUGCGGGAAGGCGACGUGGUGAAGAUCUACAGCCGCAUUGGCGGGGACCAGGGCUGGUGGAAGGGCGAGACGAACGGACGGAUCGGCUGGUUUCCCUCAACGUACGUGGAAGAGGAGGGCGUCCAGUGACCGCAGGGGCUUGGACACCGUUUGCGGAUUUUCUCGGGAGAGUGUCCCCUGCCCUGAAGUCCGUCUGGCUCCUCCAUGACUCCGAGGGGAGACGCCCACCAAGCCGCCCACCAUCGACAGCCCGUAGGGGUGGUCAGGCUCUUGGAGUCCUGGUCCCGGACCGUUCCCUUCCACUUGCCCGGGGGGCUGCUGUGGGUACACUGCUUGUACAUAGAGGAAACCUGGGCCAGUGCUGCCCAGCGUGGAGAGGGGCUGCUGUGGCAGCGGAGGCCGGAGCUCCUCUGUGCCCUGUGGAGGAGACGGCGCUCAGGUGCCUAGGAUUAAACAGCAGAUGGUGUCUCGGGGGCUGGGGACACUCAAGGGGCACCCCAGCCCGUCUUCUCAGCCCCUGGACUCAGCCCCUUUCCCUGCUGCUCUGGGGGCUCUCGGCUGAGGCGGGCAGCGGGAACCAGAACCAGGCUGUUUGCCGUGGUCCUGCCCAGCCUACUUUGCUGGGGUACAAAAGGAGGGAGCUCAUGAGGGCCCCAAGUGCUGCUGGCUCCUGGGACUUCCCACCACGUGGAGCCUGCAGACCCCACAGGGCAGCCGGCUCUCAGGAGGCCCCAAGGGACGAGGACCUUGGGGACCCCACCCCCAGUUGAUGGUACUGUUUUGGGCCUUGCCGGGCCCUCCCUGAGCCUGCUGCCCAGUGACCCACCUUCUGUAGCCCCUACAGGGCAUAGGUGUCCGUCACCAUGGCCCCGCUGCCCUCCCUCCUCCCUGCUGUGCCUGUGUGGGGCCUCCGGGGUCUGCCCGGCUUUGCAAGGGAUCAGCUCUUGCCUGUCUUGGCCAGUCUCCCUCCAAGGGCCUCUGCGGCUCACAUUUAGGCCUUGGCAAACCGGAAAUAAGUGCUCUUGGGGGUGGCUGUACCUGUUACCUCUCCCACGUCCUCAAGGGGACUUCCUGCUGGCUUGGCCACGCCCCAUUCUCUGCCUUGAGGCUCUGUAAGACCCUGUGACUCUUUCCCUCUCAGUUGUGAGGCAAAACUGGGGCUCCUGGCUUCCUCCCGCCCUGUGUCCGGCCCUGUGUCCUUGUCAGCUGCGCGGCGCAGGGCAGGGAGGGUCAGCCAGGCUGUGGGCGGUGGUCCUGUGUGUGAAUCACGCUGGCCCGGUGCCUCAGGCCAGGUGAGUGGCUCCUGUGCUCGGUCUGCACCCCAGCAGCGGGGCAUCGGGCAGGGUGGGGAGGAGAGGAGCGGAAAGGGCAGCACAGAGCGGCUCCGAGAGGGAGCACAGCCAGGACGGCAGGGAGAGUGCAGCCUCGCUUCCUCGCAGGUUCUGUCUCAUGUUUUGUUCCGCCCGUGUGUUUUUAAGGGAAAAGACUGGUUAUUUCCCCAGCAUCCCGCGCCGUCUGAGGGAGAGGGGAGAUUUCUCGCAGGCUCAGGCCGUGGGUAUUAACACUGAGAAAUGCAUCCCUCAGAGCCUGGGUUUUGUGAAUGUUUUGUUCUGUGUUUGUUUUGAUCUUUGUGUUUGGUUUGGCUUUGUUUUUGCACUGUACCGAGCAGGGUGGUGGGAGGCGGGCUGCCCCCAGUAGGGCCAAGGACCUGGGCCCGGAUCAGCUGUGAACAUUUUGGAGCCCCUUGCAUGCGAGUCAGGGAUCUGGGGUCCGGGAGCCGUGACCCCAAGUGAAACACAAACAUUUGCCAAUGGGUUUUUUCAGACCACGGUUUUUACUCCAAAUAAACUUAUGUCCUUUUCUGCUGGAAA